GUCUCAUUGUCUCGCUCUCUCUCCCCUAGGCUCCACGCUGCUACAGGGACAGGGCGUGGGAUCAGGUACAGGUUCACAGGGAUCCACCACGGCCUGGAUUUCUGCCAUUUGGACGCCUCUGUAGGUCCCAGAGAUGGAGGUCCAUGUGGUCUCCAUGAUGCUGUAGGUUCGGCUGAGGCGAGCAGUUCCUGUUACUAGACCCAAGUCUGGAGGACAUAGUUCCCCAAAUCACAGCCAAAGAAUCAACAGAUACAGCUAUUCCAUGCGAAAGAGCUGUUGUUCUCAAAAGGAUUGAGAAUAAACUGGACCGGUCUUCCUCAUCAAGCCUUGCUUAAACACCAUGGAAUGGCAAACCUUUGAUGGCUCUCUCCCCAACGGAGCAGUUUCCAUCUACAAUGAAUAUGCUAAACGCACCGACUACGUUUCCAAGUACGGAAGCCAGGCUGGCUUCUACAACCCUGACAUGGGUCCUGAAUGCCACUACCCCUAUGGAGAUAAAGAGCUUCUCGGCUCCCCGUUUGAGAUCCUGGUGAACAAAGACAACUUUGAGUUUUUGGAAUGGAAGGAUGGCUCCUACGGUUCAGUGCCAGAGAAUGCAGUCAAGACCGACUCGUACCAAGACAUAUAUGUUGGGAAGAACAAGUAUGGUCUUGGGAAGGUGCAUGCUAAACAUGAGGCCUUCUUCCUUCCCUGGAAAGGUUCUGAGCAGUGGUACAAGCACUACCAGGUCCUGACCGUUAACAAAGACAUAAUCAGCGAGCAGGUCUCUGAUGUCAAGUACAAGACUGAUGGGGUUAAUAUCUUUAAGUAUCCUCCAGAGACCAUGAACAAGACUACACUCAUCAACAAGGACCGCCAGGAAGUGACAGAGACCACUACCCUCUCAAAGACAAAUGAAGAAGAGCAAAGGUGGGACACCAGCUUUUCCUUCACUGUGGGCGUCCAGACCAGCAUCAAAGCUGGAAUCCCCUUUCUUGCCUCUGCAGAAAUUGAGAUUCGCGCGGAAACAACCCUCCAGUUCACCAAGGGGGCCUCUUAUAAAGAGUCAGAAAACUACACUGUUUCUGUUGAGCACAAAAUCCCACCAAACCACUCCUGUGUUGUCACUAUGAUGGGAUAUAAGUACGGGGCAGACAUCCCUUACACUGCUCGCCUCAGCCGCACCUACAGAAAUGGGGAGACCAAAUGGACCUCCAUCUCUGGGACCUACAAAUGUGUCCAAGUAAGGGAAGUCCAGGCCGUGGUGCAUCCUUGUGAACCUCUGCCUAAUGCCUAGCCCAAAGGAUCCCAGAGCCUCCUCUUCCACCUAAAACACAAUUGACUGUCUUGGAUGCCAGCACACCGGACACAGUGACGUAGCCAAUCAUCUCACUCAUUUUGUGUGGCUGGGGAGAGAAAGGAGGGUAGCAACCCAAGUUUCUCAAACUGCAAAACUGUCAUACAGAAAUGAGUGUGGUAGGAGGCAGAAUCAUAUGUGUACGGACGAGGCUAUCUAAGUACCUGAGGUCUGUGUUCCACCUCAUCCAGAGAUAUGGCUUGUUGAUGAAAUACCAUAUUAAACAUUCGCUAGCUUGCUACAACACAGAGUUGCUUACAGCUCACAAAAACAGCUAAUGCUUUAACUUAUCGAUUAAUGAUGUGCAUAUGUAAACCAUUUUGGGUAGUAUGUAUUGAUGUCUCGAUAAAUGGUAAAUACUUAAAUGGCCAUAGGAAUGGCCAAUGGGGGAAUUGUGG